GAAAUCGAUGACGACGACAAAGCACUUGAUCAGUGCAUGAAUGAAAUAACACUAAGACUUUCGAAUCUAGAAACGAUGCAAACUAACGCCAACGAAGCUACCCGCUGUGUAUUUAUCACAUCUAUACUAAACGCAUCGCUAGCAAUCGUUCGAAGACUUACAAAUGAGGAAAAAAUCUACAUGUCAUAUCAAAAAAACAUUUCUGGUGAGGAGGCAUCUGGACGUGUAGACUAUGCUAUCAAAGGAAACGAAGAUCUCAUGUGCAUAGCUGAAGGUAAACCUCGUAAUGUCGAAAUCGGUUAUCUCCAGAAUAUUAUGCAACUAGAAAGUGCGUACCAAACAAAUAAGAAAAAACGUACAGCUGAUCAAGCAUUUCGAGAUGAUGAUUAUGAUUACCUCUAUGGAAUCGUGUCUACAGCUACGGAAUGGCAUUUCAUUAUGUUUGCUACUGAUGGACUUUUUUGUACGUGUAAGAGCGAAUAUCCAAUUAAUCUUUCUAAAAUGGCGCUCAAAGAAGAUCUUGACUCUAUUCGAAAAGGUGUAAGACGGGUAUUAGGUGUUAUCGUUGGAUUAUUGAAGGAUCGAAUUAGUGUUGAUAAUUCCCCAGCCAAUAUUCUAUCAAUUGCUUAUAAAGCAUUCACUACGCUCGAGUGUGGACAUGUCUUCCACAGAGUUUGUAUCGAGAAAAAAAUUAUGCAUACAACACCAAGUAUAUGCCCUUCCCCUAACUGUGGUAAAAGCGUUGAUGUUGUUGAUGAGGGUUCAAGACGAGACUCUACAUCUUCUCAAAUAAGUGGCACAUCAACCCUAGUUGACGAAUUUAACACUAAUCUUGGAUUUAAUUCACCACGAACUUCCUCCCAGGGUCAGGCAAUGGAUGUAGAUGAAAAUGAAGAAACAGAGCAUCGGCAUGAGCCAACUGAAGACCAAGUUGAAGAAUCAUCUGAUUCUACCAGUAAAAAGCGGGCUAAUGAAACUACGGAUAAAUCAACCGAAAAACCUUCCGAUAAAAAAGCCAAGAAAGUGACUAAAGCAGAGGACUCUAUCGUAUUAAAAAGACUUAUCC